UGCUUUAACUUGAUGCGAAAUAUACUGAUUUAUGCUCUAGGAUUUUCCAUUUAAUGAAUCCAUCUGAAUGAAUACUAUGAUCAGGACAGAUGGUUUGCCAAAUUAACUAAUGAGAAGUGCUUAUUUGUGCAAUAUUUUUUCUUGAGACUCCUUCAGUUGUGAGUUCUAUAGAUCACCGUAAUCACCAGAUCUUUAUAUUUUUCUGUAUGUCGCCUUGGGAAUGAAGAACUGUGCAGAGCCAGAUGGUGGGAGGUGGCAGUAUUCAGAAACUAACAACGAAUGAUGCCCUAGAAUAUCUUAAGAAUGUCAAGGACAUCUUCCGAGACAAGAAGGAAACAUAUGAAGAUUUUCUUGAAGUUAUGAAAGAAUUCAAGGCUCAAAGAAUUGAUACUGCCGGUGUCAUAGCAAGAGUAAAGCAUCUAUUUAAAGGUCAUCGUGACCUGAUUUUGGGCUUUAAUACUUUUUUGCCCAAAGGAUUUGCAAUAACUUGUUCUCCUGAGGAUGAAACACCUCCUCAAAAGAAGAAGCCUGUUCAAUUUGAAGAAGCUAUCAACUUUGUCGGUAAGAUUAAGGUAAUUAAA